CAUUUCACUUCUUUUAGAGUAGAUUAGAUCUGAAAGAAGAUCUGCAGUUUAUUUUUAUUGUUUGUUGAGGUUGGACCAUUCAUAGUACUUCACCCUGCGUGGUAGUUAACGUUGUUAUCGACUGAGGACGUGGCAGUGGUUGCGACCCAGGAUUAAUGCAGAUAGCUCCCGAUAGAUCGUUUCGUAGUUCACUACUGCUGAAGAUUACUGGUUUUGGAAGGCACUAUAGUGUGUGCUGCUGUACGUAUGUCUGAUUCCUUUGGAAGGAAGGUUCUGGACAAUGGAAGUGACAAGAGGAAAUUUCCGUGAGGUGUUGUUAAAGUUGGAGAGAAUAUUACCGGCAGCAGAGUUCCUUGCCAUAGAUGGGGAAUUUACCGGUUUGCACACAGGCCAGGAUGUAAAUGCGUUUGACACACCAUCACAGUAUUAUUCUAAACUUCGUUCUGGUUCGAUGGACUUCCUGCUGGUUCAGUUUGGUCUUUGUGCGUUCAGUUACGAUAAGGAAAAUGACAAGUACACACAUCAAGCAUACAAUUUCUACAUAUUUCCAAAGUCACCACAGAUCCGAUCAGCUCCUGAUCCACGAUUUCUUUGCCAGAGUUCUAGUAUUGAGUUUCUUGCUUCUGAAGGAUUUGAUUUUAACAAAGUAUUCAAAGAGGGAAUAUCAUACUUGACGCAGCCAGAGGAACAGAAACUGCGUGAACAUCUGGAAGAGAAACAUAAAUCUUGUAACAAUACAAUCAGUUCCUCCCCUGGUAAUGAAGAUUCUUUUCAACCCAUUCCUAUUCCUGAUGAAUAUGUAUCUACAAUUGAAGACAGUUGCGCUCAUAUCAAGACUUUCCUGGCCAGUUCAGAGCCAGAGGAGCUGGUAUUGGGUUGCUGCAAUGCAUUUGUUCGGAAGCUUAUCUUCCAAACAGUGGGUCAGCGGUUUGAUAGCAGUGUAGUGCAACUGGAGUCACGUCUAACAGACAAGAGGAAUCGUGUUAUGGUCGUGACGCGGGCUGGAAGUGUAGAAGAGAGGAAGAAGAAACAGCAAGAGAAGAAGGAUAAGGAGUUGCAGGAUCUCGAGGAUGCUGUCGGCUUCACUUCAGUUUUGAGAAAGAUCUCAGAGUCGGGGAAGUUAGUGGUUGGACAUAACAUGCUGCUUGAUGUAUGUCAUGUUAUCAAUCAAUGCUACUUUCCAUUACCUGAAGACUAUUCAGAGUUCAAAGAAAUGGUCAGAUGUGUGUUCCCUAAUUUGCUGGAUACAAAGUAUAUGUCUGACUUACCUCUGUUCAAGGAUAAAAUUAGUUCAAAUGCAUUGGGCCAUUUGUUUAAGACCUUGUCUGAAGAACCUUUCAAGAUGUGCAUAGCAAAAUCAGAGGAAGAUGGACAUGGAUAUAGCUCCUUGGAUGAUAAAUAUCAUGAAGCUGCAUAUGAUGCAUACAUUACAGGACUUUGUUUUAUUACAAUGGCCAACCACUUAGGUUCCCUGCAGAAGCCUGAAGUUAAUCCAGUACUUCCUUCAUCACCAUUAAUUAAUCCCUAUAUGAACAAGUUGUUUCUCCUAAGAGUGCAAGACUCGCCUUACAUCAAUCUUAUUGGUGAAGAUCCUGUAGUGCGUCGUGAUCAUGUUUUCUUUGUCAGCUUUCCAAAAGAGUGGAAAACAUAUGACCUCACACAACUUUUCAGUCCCUUCGGUUCUGUGUUUGUUGCAUGGCUCAGUGACACAUCUGCAUAUGUAGCUCUUCACCAUCGCAACCAAGCAUCUCUUGUCCGGAAGACCCUGACGCAGAGUGAUACGUAUACAGUGAUGACAUAUGCAGCACAUCAGCAAAUCCAGGAUGGAAUAACUAAUUGCAAAUGUGCCCACAGUGGUGGCAAAUCCUUGUGUUCAUCCUGCGUGAGGAAGAGGGUUGUUGCCAAACAAUCAGUUCCAUCCUCUCCUACAGCUAGUGUUAGAAAAAGAAGACUGAUAGAAGUUCUUCAAGAAGAUUCUCCAGAAGUACAGACAUCUGCUCCAAAGCGGAAAAGAAGUCUAAGCUUUGGAGACAAGACCACUUACUCAAACCGAAUUAUUGAUCCAAUACCAGAGGAGCAAGAAAUGGAUAUUGUAGGACACACUAAGCAAGCAGCCAGUAGUCAAGUAACAGGUGACAGGGUGAGUGACAAAAAUACAAAAGCAAAAUCCACUGGUGGUAUUAAUUCAACUAGCUCCAGUCCUAGUGAUGACUCCAAGACACAGCCAAAACACAAACAGUUUGAAGAAAGUGACAUGUGGGACUGAAUGUCUGUAUUUUAGACUUGUGUGCCACUUUCGGGAACAAGAAGAUACUGGAUAAGAUGCAAGGCACUACAACCCAGAAGACAGCCACUUUGAGACUCAGGGCCUUGAAAACCUCAAAUGCUGCUAAGAUACUGAAUGUUCUGAUAUUCCUAACUGGGCAAUUACAAAGACGUUUGCAAGCGUAAGGCUACUUCUGCUUGAUUAGAAACAGGUGAUCUAGUAAUAUUUGCAGAUGACAUCAGAAUAUUUCUACUCUGCAGAUUUUGCCUUGGAUAACCAUACUUCCCCUCUAUUUUCAAACAGAUACCCAUUGAUGGUUUCUUCAACAAAUAUUAAAUUACUUUGUAUUUUAGUAAGGGAGUAACACAUUAAGUAUGUCACUUUGAAGCAUGAAUAUUUAAACACACAUGAGUUCAAACUUCUGAGGUAAUAAUAUCAGAAAUACCAUUAUACUUAUGGUAUGAAAUGUUUUAAAGUUAUUCUGAAUUGCAUGACAAGUUGGUACUUUGGUUAAAAGUUAGGAAUGAACAAAUCUCUUAAAAAAUUUUAAUUACUAACAUUGAAUUUAACUUUGUAGUAGAAAAAUUCUUAAAAUAUCAGAUAAGAUCAAAUUAUUUUCCAGUAAGUACUAUUCAAAAUACCCAGCUUUCACAAAAGCAACAGUUUCAGUUUUGGAAUAUUUCAUGCCUUUGGCUGCCAUAAUUCUUCUAAAUAACCAUUUUGCAUGUACUAUUAAUUAAGAAUUGUAUCAGGAUAUGUUGGUGUAGAGCAUGAAAUGUGUGUUUGCAGGUAGACAGCAAAACACAGGUGUGUUUACAUCAUAAUGAAAUUCCCCUUUUUAUAAUUACAUUGUAUGUAUGUCUGUGAUACUGCAUCAAGGUAUUAGAAGUAAAGCUAAAAAGAAUUGCUUUCAUGAAAGCAAUAAUAUGUAUGAUGUUUCCAUAUCAUAUUUUUAACAUUUUGCACUCCUUACCAAUGAAUACUUGAUGUUUAGGGCUUCAUUUUGAUUAAUCGCAUGCUAAAAUUUAGUUUCAUAAGAGGAGAGAGAUAUUUGUAUUACCCAAGUGUCCAUUAAGCAUUUUGUAAGGAACUGUUAACAACUGAAUGUAAAUACCAACUGUCAUCCAUAAAGACUCAUCUGAUUUAUUUAUGUGAAGACCCAACACCAUCCCAUUUUUAAUCCAAUUUUUAGCAACAUUUACCUGUCUCCCUUUUCUUUAAUGACUUGCUAUAUUUACUCAGUUCCCUCCAUUGCAUAUUUUCCCUUAUAAGUCUGAUAAUGUGCUUUUUGGUUUUAUUUUAUUCAUAAAUAGUUUUACAUUUUCUACAGCUUUUAACACCUGCAUUGAGAACAGGAAUGUACAUGUAUAGGACGGACCCUUUUCAUUUAUAUAUACACAUUUUUAGUUGCAAGAACUUGUAGUAGGAUGCAGCAGAGGAUUAUGCUGAGAUAGUAAUGACUAUUCUAAUAAAUCAGAAUAUCUCUGUAUUCUGGAAAAUGACAAUAAAACCAGUACUUCUGUCUUCA